AAAAAAAAAAAAAAGGCUUCCGGUUGCUUGUAGCGAACUUCCGCUAAACUUCCGCUGACUUUUGUUGACAGUUAGCUUGCUCGCCAAAACACUUUACGCGUAAACAUUUCACUCUCCCGUAUUUACUUAUUUAGUGUUUAUCAUGUUUAGUGUAUCUAGCUCUCUCUAGAUACAUCUAUCCUGUUUCAGUAUUAGCACUCGCUUUCUAGAAUGCUAGCCCGCUAUUUAGCGCUAGCUAGUCAUAUUAGCAUGGGCUGAAUCCCGAAUGGCUUCGUGCUCCCUUUCGGAGUGCACUACAUGAAGCAUGAUAGGUUCACUUUUGCUUUCGAUAUAGUGCACUUCGUGUUGUACAGAGGGCGAAUUUGAGAUUCACAGCCAGGUAAUAGAGGCAGUUGUGUGUAUGUGAGUGUGUGUGGAUGUCAAGUGAGUAUGAGCAGCCGGGGUUUGUUAUGCUUUUACUGGUUAUGAAUAACGUCUGCGCCAUGGACACUGAAGGGAUCGUGAUCCGGAUAAAGACCCCGAUGGGGGACAUGGACUCAUCGGUGGACUGUCCAUCACUUUUGAGCUUCAACGACUUGCUGAUCGCAAUCAGAGACGUGAUGCCUGAAGCGACCGUCACAGCUUUCGAAUACGAGGAUGAGGUUGGUGACAGGAUCACUGUUCGGAGUGAUGAAGAACUAAAGGCUAUGUUGUCCUACUACUACAGCACAAUGAUGGAGCAGCGCAUGAACGGACUCCUACCUGAGCCAUUGCAGAUCUUUCCUCGAGCCGGCAAGACUCCUGGGAACCGGAACAUCCACGGCCUGAAGGUAAACACGCGCCAUGGCUCAUCCGGCAGCCGAGGAUCCUCUCCUGCCGAAUCUUUCUCCAACAACAGUUUAAAGAAAUCCUCGGCAGAGCUGAAAAAGAUACUGACCAAUGGCCAGAUAAAUGAACAAGACAUUCAGUACCAGGAGCAGCUUGGCCAUGGAAACGGGGGAACCGUGUACAAAGCGUACCAUCUCCUGGGGAAGAGGGUUUUAGCAGUGAAGGUCAUUCCUCUUGAUAUCACAGUGGAACUGCAGAAACAGAUCAUGUCUGAGCUGGAAAUCCUUUACAAGUGCGACUCGCCGUACAUCAUAAAGUUCUACAGUGCAUUCUUUGUGGAGAACCGAAUAUCAAUAUGCACUGAAUUUAUGGAUGGUGGGUCUCUGGAUGUAUACAGAAAGAUUCCAGAGCAUGUUCUGGGCCGGAUUGCUGUGUCAGUGGUGAAAGGUCUUACAUAUUUGUGGAGCCUGAAGAUUCUGCAUAGAGACGUGAAGCCUUCCAACAUGCUCGUGAACACAAGAGGCCAAGUAAAACUGUGUGACUUCGGAGUCAGCACACAACUGGUAAACUCGAUCGCCAAAACCUACGUCGGAACGAACGCAUAUAUGGCGCCAGAGCGAAUAUCAGGGGAACAGUAUGGAAUUCAUUCAGACGUCUGGAGUUUAGGAAUCUCUUUCAUGGAGCUGGCUCUUGGCCAUUUCCCCUAUCCUCAGAUUCAGAAAAACCAAGGUUCCUUAAUGCCUCUCCAGUUAUUGCAGUGCAUCGUUGAUGAGGAUCCUCCUGUGCUUCCAGUCGGUCAAUUCAGUGAGAAAUUUGUGCACUUCAUAACACAGUGCAUGAAAAAACAACCAAAAGAACGUCCUGCCCCCAAUAACCUCAUGGACCAUCCGUUUAUCACGCAAUACGAUGACGGGAAUUCAGAAGUGGUAUCCAUGUGGGUGUGUCGGAGCUUGGAGGAUCGCAAAUCCCAUCAAGCUCAGGGGCUAAUGUAAAGAGCCGUGACACAACCAGGAGCCCCCCCUCUGUCUGUAAAGUGCCACUGAGUGUACAGAGGUUUAAUGGCUGGACUUACUUGAAGGAGACCACCUAUAAACAGACUCCAGAAUGCUUAUGGACUUUUUACUUAGAUUUCUUUUUUUUUUUUUUUUUUGAUGGAUCCAUUAACUCCAGAUCUGUAUUUUUUUUCUUUUGUUUGGUUAUUUGAGAUUUGCUUUUUGAACACAUGCACAAAUUGCAGUAUAAAUCUUACGACUCAUCAUUUCCCGAGCAGAUGGACCAUGAAGCCAAAGCUUUUGAACAGGGUCGUUCCAGGAUAAACUAGGACACCUCGUAAUGCAGAGUAAACGCUUUGCAUUUUGAUUACCUUGUGGGGGAACAGAAACUUAAGGCUACUGAUCAUAAGGUUGUGAGGUACCACCACGGUGCCACUGAUUGGAUCCUUGGGCUAUUGUAAAACUAGUACUAUUGUAGUUGUACAAUGCUUUGGAGAAACGAAGCAGCAGCCAAAUGUGCAAGAGGUUUAUAUAUACUGUAUAUAUACAGAGAAAAAGGAUGUUCAGUUUAUUAAUGUAAGACUGUACUGUUCAUCUUAAAUUUCUCUGCAUAUUAUCCCUGAACUCUCUUUUAACAUGCACUACCCUGAGUUUUCUCCACUGCUGUGUUUUUCACUGAUAACCCAUGAUGCAUUAUUUACCUGUACACUUCUAUCUUUCCCUUAUUUACAUUACGGAGGCUGAUGUAAUCCCCAAACCCUGAUAGCGGACCACUAAGGCCUUUUAAAGCACUCACUCGUACCCAGUUUAUGCAGUAAAGAUAGUUAUUACGACCACUUGUUUACCCUCUCAUGCACAUAAAUCUAACUCGAAUGACCCCCACUUAUCUAUUAGAUAUAUUUAAUCCGAAUCAGCAUCAUCCUCCCUCUCCACUACAGCAUGUAAUCAUUCCACAGCAGGGAGUAAAUAAUUUUUGCUCACUAUUCUAUUAACCACUGACAGCUGCCGACUAACAUGCCUCAUAUGUUACAGCUGCAUCAACCCACCGCAUCUGCCUGCUCUUUUAAUACUCCAUGGGCCACUUAAAGACGCUUUAUGCCAUAACGCACUUAUCGGAGCGCUGUGUGUUUUAUACAGCGAUACGUUAGAAAUGAAGCAGCGCCACAGUAGGGGGUGUCCCAAACCACUCGGACAUGAACGCAGUCGCAACUGUUCGUACCUGACCAGAUCCUAAUGAAGAAAGUGAGAUAUAGAACAUGAUAUCCAAAGUUAGUCUCAUUCUUGAAGGCUAAAGGUUUUUUUUAUUUUUUUUAUUUUGGUGUGUUAACAAAUUGUCAUCCAAAUUUUUUUUUUUUUUUUUUAGGUUUAUGAAGUUUUUUCUUUGAAUUUUCACUUCAGUUCAAAAUGCACUGUUAUGUAUUAUUUCAUUUUUUUAUAUCUGUCUCUCUUCCUUCUUUUUUUAAGAAAUGUGUGGUUCACUGGUGGCAUAUGAGUCUCAUUACACAUUGCUGUGGAAGUUUGCACACCUUCGACAUUUCCUAACUAAAUGAAACAUUCAGGAUGUUGUAUCUCUCGCUCUCUCUUUCUUUCUCUCUCUAUCCCUCUUUUCUCCCUUGAUGCUCUCCUAUAAACACCUCACUUCAUUUUGUUAAUAUAAAGAACUGCUCUUCGAGCCAUUAAAGGGCCGUUUUAAUGCGCCGACUCGAAAACGCUUUCUGUGAAGAAAUCCAAAAGUGUCCCUUAUGCUUUUUUAACUGCGUGUUUAUUUGUCUAAAUCCAUUUGCAGGUGCACAAACAACACGCGCCCGGUCAUUAUUGUGAAAAAUAACGUGACAAUUCCUUUUCUCUAUUACCUGAAAUGCGCUUGUAUUACUUUAUUCUUGAAAAAUAAUAUCGCUGGUAAUACUUCAGGCUUAAUAUAAAGCACAGCGGCAUUUCCAUUGGACUUUUGAUAUUGUUUAUAACACCUUUUUUUUUAUUAUUAUUUGGUAUAAAUUUGUACUUUUAAUAUGGUGAAUGUUUAUAUUCGAAAGUUUACAUGAUUAAUGAAGUGCAAAGACGACAUGGGAUUUUAAAGUGAGUUUCUCAGGACUGUGAUUCCAUGUUUUGUAUAUAUUCCUAUAAUUGAGUCUUCUUAUGCUGAUCAAAUCUAUCAUAUAAUAUGUA